UCUUCCUUGGCGCUGCCUACGGAGGUGGCAGCCAUCUCCUCCUCGGCAUCAUGGCCGCCCUCAGACCCCUUGUGAAGCCCAAGAUUGUCAAAAAGAGAACCAAGAAGUUCAUCUGGCACCAGUCAGACCAAUAUGUCAAAAUUAAGCGUAACCGGCGGAAACCCAGAGGCACUGACAACAGGGUUCGUAGAAGAUUCAAGGGCCAGAUGUUGAUGCCCAACAUUGGUUAUGGAAGCAACAAAAAAACAAAGCACAUGCUGCCCAGUGGCUUCCAGAAGUUCCUGGUCCACAACGUCAAGGAGCUGGAAGUGCUGCUGAUGUGCAACAAAUCUUACUGUGCCGAGAUCGCUCACAAUGUUUCCUCCAAGAACCGCAAAGCCAUCGUGGAAAGAGCUGCCCAACUGGCCAUCAGAGUCACCAACCCCAAUGCCAGGCUGCGCAGCGAAGAAAAUGAGUAGACAGCUCAUGUGCACGUUUUCUGUUUAAAUAAAUGUAAAAACUGCCAAAAAAAAAAAAAA